GUGACUAUUAUGACAAAAACAGUCCCAGCGACGGACACUGUAACUUAUACCUGAGCUCCUCAACUCAUGUCGGAUUUUAUGUAACAACAGUGUUUAGUUAGAGACAGGCAACGGAAGAGGACGUGUUUGCAUCUUUAUCUGUGAAGAUGUUAUCUGCACUGACGACGGCUUUUACUCAGACAGUAAUGUUAUGAAUCUGCGAUAAGUUAGCUCCCUGGCUACCGUGUCCCAGAAGAAACCGGCAAUAACUCAUAACGAUUUCUUAUGGAUAGACAUACCUUAAUGUGUAAUUUUAGAGAGCUGCCCAACACAGGUUUGUCUUUGAAGAAGUUCACUCGUCCUACCGGCUGUUAUGGACACCGUGAAAUCACGCAGCAUUGAUGAGGAUGAAGAGCUGCUCUCCACAGAUCCAGAGAGUAAGGAGAAAGGCAAAGAUAAAAAGACACUGUGCAAAGUAAAAUGGUCAAGAGACGAGGAUGAAAAGCUGAAAAAGCUUGUUGAGCAGCAUGGAACUGAAUCCUGGAAAUCAAUUGCUAGUUUUUUCCAAGGGAGGACAGAUGGUCAGUGUCAGCACCGCUGGCAGAAGGUGCUCAAUCCAGAGUUGGUGAAAGGACCCUGGACAAAAGAGGAGGAUCAAAAGGUGAUCGACCUGGUACGCAAGUACGGCCCCAAGCGCUGGUCAGUAAUUGCAAAGCACCUUCAGGGAAGGAUUGGAAAGCAGUGCCGUGAAAGGUGGCACAACCACCUGAAUCCAGAGGUGAAGAAGUCGUCAUGGACCCAGGAGGAAGACCGAAUCAUCUACGAAGCCCACAAACGCCUCGGAAACCGCUGGGCAGAGAUCUCCAAGCUUCUCCCUGGACGGACAGACAACUCCAUCAAGAACCACUGGAAUUCAACCAUGAGGAGAAAGGUGGAGCACGAGGGUUACUUGCAAGAUGGCUGCAAGACUUUCAGCUCUUCUAACAGCGUGAAGAGACGUCAAAACAGGCCAUGUCUUCCAGCUCCAGCAGACCAUGACGGCAGUCCUCUCCAUGAGACAGGAUCUAACCAGAUGGCUGGUUAUGCGUUUGGUCCUCAAAGCGGACACAUGAUUGACAGUCUUCCUGAAAGUUCCAGCUUCCUAUCACUACCCUGCCUUGAUGAUCCUGACAGAGAGCAAAGAAUUAAGGAGCUUGAGCUGCUGCUUAUGUCAGCAGAGAGUGAAGUCCAACGACAAGUGCAGUGCAGAGGUUCACGUAGCGUGGAGCCGUACCCAGCUUGGUCAGACAGUUUGUCGGAUGACACUUUGACAACAAAUAGCAGCAGCGUGGAGGAGCAGGUGGAGAGAGGACCAUGGAGAGGUCCUGAGAUCCCAGUAGGGCCUCAAGCACAACUUCCUGUGUCCCCAAGCAAGUUCCUGGCUGUAGAAACCAGUGCCGUGUUCUCCAGCCUGCAGACCAUACCAGAGUUUGCAGAAACCAUGGAUCUCAUUGAUUCAAUGUCUUUUGCCCUGCAGGACCCUUCUGCAUGGAGCGAAGUGGCCAGUUUUGAUAUAUCAGAGGUAGCCACCCCUCCCAGGCACAGCCAGGCCGGCUACACCACAAACCUGCAAGAGAGCACCAUUUACAAUCCGUUGGGCUACGCGGUCAACUCGGGCCAUGACAGGAACUGUGCGCCAUUUGGACUGGGAGGAGUCUCCUCCCUGACACCCAUCCCCUCAUCCAAAUCCAUCCAGGCUUCCACUGGGAGGAGAAAGAGAAGAGAAAGAGGGGAGCCUUUGUGUGAUAGGACUUGUUCUUCUUUCCUGGAAAACAUCACAAACUCACCCAAGAAGUCACCUAUGAAGUCCCUCCCCUUUACUCCUUCACGUUUCUGCAACAUAUCCGGGGCAGAGCAUCUGAAUCUGGACGAUCCCACCCUCACCUCUACUCCUCUGUGUGGUCAGAGGUGCCUCCUCAACACGCCCCUCCACAAAGACAACACGCCUAAGCACCAGAAGGAGAAUGAUGGUUCCAGGACCCCGAAGUUUCACAAGAAUGUCACAACGCCAAGGACGCCAACUCCCUUCAAAAAUGCGUUAGCUGCCCAGGAGAAGAUGCACGGGCCACUUAAGAUGGAGCCACAGCCUUUGGCGUUUCUAGAAGAGGACAUUCGAGAAGUCCUAAAGCGGGAGACUGGAACAGACAUCUUCAACAAAAUAGAUCUCCACUCAGAGCUUAGAGCAUGGAAACAUAAUAUGGAUGGGCCAGCUCGAAAAGUGCGCAAGUCUCUUGUGCUAGACCCUUGGGACAAAGAAAGCCUCGAUGUCCAACUCUUCCAAGAGCAGCUCAAUAAUGCACAGGUGUCGGAGGAAAGUCUACUCACAAGCCCUUCAAUGGUCACCCCGAUCACGGAGCAAGAAGAAGGCAGUUGCACUUUGACUUCUGAGGAAGAGGAGUUCUCUUUAGGGGUGCACAUUCAUCCUAACGACUUUACAAGCCGCCGGAUGAAGAAGCUCUCAUCCUCUCAUAAAGCAGCAAAGCUCGACACGCCCCAGGUGAGUGAGUGGGAAGCAGUGGUUUAUGGGAAGACUGAAGACCAGCUGAUCAUGACGGAGCAGGCUCGGCAGUACCUGAAUCCCUACCCUUCCUCCGGCUCCACCUCAAGGGCGCUCGUGCUUUAAGGUCGUCCCGCCAGCUGCACAAGCAGCUCUACAAAUGUCCAACAGCAAAAAGCUCCAGUAAGAGACAAUCAGGUGAAUUUAUUUCAAUAUGAAACCCACUGCUGAAGACGUGCACUUAGAGGCAUGGCUCCUGGUGUUAUUUUUCAACACUUUUCUAGAGUUUUUUUUUCAUUUUGAACACUCACAGCUCAGCUGCAUUACAUUUGUGCACCGAACGCGACCGCUGAGCUAACCUGCGGGAGCCGUAUUAGUAGUGUGUAUAAAGCAGUGGUGGCUUCUGAGUGUUAUAUUGUUAAUAUAUUGUUCAAAUGACAGAGUUGUUUAAGAUGUAGCACUACUCAUUAUGUAUAUCCUUCAGCUUGUUUUGGUGAACAUUGCUGUUACCCGAUAAAAUCACACAUGUUGCAUUUACGUCUUUUUACUGACACCCAUGUACUUUUACUAUCACUCCAUGAGACAAAACAGAAUAUAACAUUAGUUUAUAUUACAGGACCACAAUGCAGCUGUGUAUGUUUUUUUGAUUUUUUUUUUUUUUGAUGUGACAGCAGUGUUGUUUUACUGAGAAUGUUUAUCCGAGGUGUAAUGAAGUUUUGUGGAUGGAAAUAAGACGCCGUCAGUAUUGCACUACUGACUUGACUCCGCUGCUGGGAGUGGAGCAGUGUUUUUGUUUUUUAAGGGCAAACUGGAUAGCACUAGCGAUGGUGUUACAACACAGCGUUUCCGUUCCGAGUCCAUGGAGACAUCCGUUGAAUGUAUUUCAUUGCAAUGUACAUGUGAUAGAACCUCAAAAGUGGAAGGGUAUCUUAAUAGUUGUUUUAAUUUGAUUUAUUUAUUUUUUUUGACUGCUCUAAAGCUUAGAUAUUAAUAUAAAUCGGACACAGUGAGUCUUUUUUUUUUUUUUUUUUUUUUAAACUUUUUUUAAGUUUAACUUUUCUGACAAGACUGCCUAAAAACUCUCUUUGCUCUAAAGCAAUCGCUAAAGAGAGAAAAAAAAAUUACUGGUCAGAUGUUUUGGACGGUUGAUACUGACAAGUUUUCCUAUCACAACACAGAGCGUUUGGUUGUAUCUGAAGGCUGUAGGUUUUAUUUAUUUAAUGUCUACUAAUUUAUUUAUUUCUUUAAGAAGGAAACCAUUUAAUAGAAAUUAUUAAAGAAUUUUAUUGUCUUUUCUCCAUUAAAACCAGGACUUUUCAUCAGAUGUUCUUCAUUUGUCCAAGUUAGAACAACAUGCACUGCCACUAAUUUGCCAUUAAAUUUCUGAUAUCCUGAUCAUGCAACAUCUAGGAAAAGUUCAUUUAGUAGUUGUUUGUGUGAUUGUAACAUGUAGAUACGAUUUUUAUUCGUAGGAUAUAAGUGUGUUCUUCAGCGUAAGGUAGCAGAACGUCAUCUCCGACCUCUAAUCAUAGACCUAUUGCACUUUUGACCCAUUGUUUAAAUUAAAAUAUUUUUUUUUUUCAUUUUUCAUGAUGUAUGUGUGUGUGCGUGUGUUUGUGAGUGCUUGUUGUGUUUCAGAUGAGCAAUUUGAAUUCUGACAUGAAGAUCAUGCUGCUUGAGUUUCUUUUUUUUUUUAAGUUCAUUUAUCCUGUUUGGCUGCAGAACCGCGUCUUUAAAAUACACUAUGUAAAAACCUCGCAAUAAGCUUUUUAGACUGACGGCUCUGUAAAAACACAUCGUUAUUUGCAGCGGCCGGUGUCUCCUAUAGUAUCCUGCUGAAACUCCCUUAAAACAAGACCCCAAAUCCUCACCUGCUCAUCUUGUAUCCGGCACUCAGUCGGAGUCAAACACUUCCAGUACAAUGUAAAUACGGAUGAAUUUGAGUGUGACGGAAGAUUAAAUAUUUUGCACUGUCUUCCAUGUUGAUAGCCUGAUUCAUGACACUUUGACCAACCUUAAACAAACUUUCUCUAAUCUGCACUACAGCUCUAAGUAGUUGUCUGGUAUUAUCUGCUUUAGUAGAUCCAGUAUUAGUCACAAUCUGGAUCAUCCUGCAUUAAGCCUUUGAGUGGGAAUAAGAAGGGAAUCUUGUCAGAGGGAUCAAAUGGAAAGAUCAGGAGUAUACGGUACAGACAGUCGACUAAUAUCCGUACGAGUCGUGUAUGUUUGAAUCCAAUGGCUAGAAAUGUUUCUAAUCUGUAUAUAUUUGAGACCUUUGUUCUGUUUGUUGGUUUGACUUGUGUUUUUACAUUCCAUGUGUUAAGUCCAGUUUGUUUGUGUGUAAACACUUGGCCAUGUAACAUCAUAGGUUUGGGGCUAAUUAAGUACAUAUACAGGAUAGUAGCAGCUGUCAUAUACUACUGUAGUUAUGCAUGAGCAAUACACAAGAUACUCUCAUUUACAAACAUUACCACAUAUGUAGCACUUGUGCUGUUUUAUAUAGCAUUUUCUGUUGAAGUCAUAACCCAGGUACCAUAGAAAUCCUGCCAGCUGUCUUUGUAACCGUGUACUUAAUUUUGAAAAAUAAA